AUGACCUCGGACAUACGGCAGCCACUCUUGCCAGGCCCUUCGGGAUAUAGCACGCUUCACGGCCACUCGUCGCCCGAAUCUUGCGCCGAAUCCCACGACGACCUACGGACCGGCGAGCAUCCUCGGCCCCAGCGCCGGCGGCAAGACAUGUCUGAAGACCAGAAACCCCACGCCGACCCUCCGGCCGAUAUCCGUGGGCUCGACCCCACGCGCCCCGACGCCGACGACGAUGCGGCCGCGGGUCUUCAUCUCCUCGAGGCCCGCUCCGCUCACUGGUACUCGUACCUACUGACACCCUCCUUUUGGCUCGUCGUCGCCAUCGGUCAGAUCCUCGCCCUCUGCAUCACCGCCACCAACACCUUCACCUCCUUCCUCUCCAAGGCCCAGUUCAACGCGCCCGCCUUCCAGACCUUUUUCAACUACGCCUUCCUCGCCCUCAUCUACAAUACCCUCUUCCUCGUCCGCGACGGUCCCGCCGUCUGGCGCCACACGGCGAGCCGAGAUGGCUGGAAGUACCUCAUCAUGGCCUUCCUCGACGUCGAGGGCAACUACUUCACCGUCCUCGCCUACCAGUACACGAACAUCCUGUCCGCCCAGCUGCUCAACUUCUGGUCCAUCGUCUGCGUCGUCGCCCUCUCCUUCUUCCUGCUCAAGGUGCGCUACAAGAUCCCUCAGAUGCUGGGCAUCCUCGUCUGCUGUGGUGGCAUGGGCAUCCUCCUCGCGAGCGACCACAUGACCGGCGCCAACGGCGGGCCGGGCGUCAACAUGGUCAAGGGCGACCUCUUCGGCCUCCUCGGCGCCUCCCUCUACGGCACCUCCAACGUCCUCGAGGAGUGGCUGGUCAGCCGGGCGCCCAUGCACCAUGUCCUCGCCUUCAUCGGCCUCUUCGGCAUGGUCAUCAACGGCGUCCAGGCCGCCAUCUUCGACCGCGCCUCCAUCGCCGCCGCCGCCUGGGAUGGCCAGGUUGCCGGCUGGCUCGUCGGCUACACCCUCUGCCUCACCCUUUUCUACACCCUGGCCCCGCUGAUCCUUCGCAUGGGAAGUGCCGCCUUCUUCGACAUCUCCUUGCUGACGGCCAACUUCUGGGGCGUCAUCAUUGGCGUUCGCGUUUUCGGCUACAGCGUGCACUUCCUAUACCCCGUUGCCUUUGUCUGUAUCAUCAUCGGCCUCGUCGUGUACUUCCUCUCGGGGAGCGUCCUGGGCGACUCGCGCAAGCCCUGGCUCGGGGAGAACCAGGAGGCUGGCGUGGCGGGCAUAGGCACGGCUAAGCUGCGGGCGCUGAACGUGGCCCGUGACGGCAGUGCCGAGGGAGCCACUAGCGUCGGCGCGCUAUUCAAGAGCAUCGUAUAG